UUAGACAACUGGCUAGCCGUAGCCAGGGUAAUAACAGCCAAUCUUUGACUAGCUAAUGUAUUGAGCUACAGUAUUUAUAAAAUUAGCAGGAUCCCAUACAGAGAAUUAACGCUAGCAGUAAGUGAAGGGACAUUUACCACAACUGGCAGAUUAGAAAUGGAAGGAGAUGACUGCAGUUUUCCUCCAGAUUCAUCGGAUGAUCACUCACAAAGAGGAAGCGUUGCUUCCUCUGCAACACUUUCCCGUGCUCAAGAUGUGCUUAUAUACCUGUUUGGUGAGAGCGCAGUACACCUAUCAGUAGAAGGGCUUGGCAGUGUCAGUGUGCAGGAGUUGGGCCGCAGUGUUCGUGAAGCUCUACAUAUUCCCGAGUCUGCCCAGGAUGCUUUUGCCUUCUGGCUUUGCUCUCCACUGCUCGAUUUGCAGCUAAAGGCAAGGCAUCAACCAUACAAACUGUGUCGGCAGUGGCAGGACUUGCUGUAUCGCUUCACUGAGGCCUCAGAGGAAGACAUUUCACAAGAUGAACCAUAUCUCCAGUUCCGUCGGAACGUGUUUUAUCCUAAAUCUAAAGAGCUGCAGAUAGAUGACGAGGCCGUGCUGAGGCUCCUGUAUGAGGAGGCCAGGAGCAACAUUCUCACAGGUCGAUACCCCUGCGAUCCCGAACACUGGACGGGUCUUGGAGCCUUGUCUCUUGCUCUUGAUGAGGGAACUGAACUUGAUGGGCAACAAUUUACCACUACUAUAAGAGAGAAGAAGCUGUCCUCUUUCCUGCCUGCGCAUGUUGCCAUGGGGAGUGGAGGUUUGCUCUCUACUCUGAGAGGGAAGUCGAGCCGCCAGGCAGGGCUGGAGCAGAACCUUUUGGAGGCGUACAAAAAGAUCAGCACAUCUGCUGGAAACUCUCCUGAGCCCACACAGCUCCUACAUCAGUACCUCAACACAUGUCACUCUCUGCCUUAUUACGGGUGUGCUUUCUUCCUUGGGGAGAUUGACAAACCAGCACAAGGGAUUCUCCAAAGGGGAAAACGCAAAGUCGUCAACGUUGGAAUCUGUCUGGAGGGAGUUUAUGUGAUGGAUGUCAAAGAGAAGCACGUGCUGCUCGGCCUGCGUUUCAAUGAGCUUUCCUGGGACCACAGUUACCCCGAGGAGGAGGGGGACUCGCACAUUCUGUGGCUGGAGUUCGACGGAGAGGAAGACGGCACUCCUGUCAACAAGUUGCUGAAGAUCUACUCAAAACAAGCAGAGCUAAUGAGCGGCUUCAUCGAGUUCUGUGUGGAGCUGAAGUCUGCGUCUGAAGGAGCUGCAGCAGAAGUGGACGGUGAGGCGAGUCUGUCUCAGCAGCCCGCCGGGCAGGAAAGCGGCAACAAGAACGGACGUGGAGGACGGCGCGGGAUGCUGCACAGGCAAAACAGCGUCGUGUGCAGUCGGGUCCAUUCACUUAACACCAUCAGCUAUGUGGACAAUGGAAAAGAAAUCAAACGCCUAAAGCCGAAAAGAGCCGCCUCCUUUUUCACCCGACAGGCGUCUGCGCCCUCGUACUCCGCUGUGCAAGUGACGGAGAGUCUGGAACAGGGUUAAACUCUGCGCUCAUCUCCGCCCCAUGCCUCUCAAAGACCAAACCUGAACAUUUUACACUGACAUUUAAAGACUUGAUACAAGCCCGAGACUUUUCACUGAUAAUACAUGAACAUGCAAAGGACCAAGUGAGGGAUCGAAGUGUGAGUGACAAUAUUUAUCUUUUGAAGUUGUGUAUAUUAAGAGAGUACAGUAAUGUGAAAAACAAACAGAUCUAUUGACUGCGAUGCUUCUGAUGUUAAACUGAAGUGGCUAUUCAUUAGAUGGCUAUUGAUUGAAAAGUCUAAGAGAAGCCUUAGAGAACACCUCAGACAGAGACUCCAAUCAAUGACUGAUAUGUCAUGACCUUUUUGACCUUUGUGCAGCACUCUGGAGCUGUGUAACUGCAAUUACUCAAAAAUGUUGAAUAUAACCACUGCAUUACCUCUUUUUACUUUCUCUUAUUGGGGGUUUAACAUCAAGAACACCUCAAUAUACCCCCAUGUAACGUUAAACAUUUUGCAGCCCUUCCUCAAAACUGUUAAGAGUUACCGCAAACUCUUCACAGUCAGCAUGACAGACACUUCAGGGGACAAUCUGAGGGCGUGUUCCCACUAUUCUGCUUUCUCAAACUGCCAGUGCCUUGUUCUCGUGAAAGGGUUAAGACACUUUAGAAAAGUAGUGGUAGAGACGUUCAGUGGUUGGUGUUACUGAUCAGGAAGAGUCCCCAUGGGAGCACAUUGUCUGUGCUGUGGAAGUUUCUUGUAAGUACAUGCUUUUAAGAGUUUGACAUGAUUAACAUUGCUGAUAUUUGUGGCUCGCUAUCAUGAAAGGAGUGCAGGUGGGAUAUCCCACUUCUUUAUUAGUAACAGCGAAAUGGUGUGAAUGUAGUCUAAUAACAGGAUAAAAGACAUGUUUAUGUUGUAGAAGCUAAAGUUUCACAGUACCAAGUCCUCAUUGGGGAGAAUGAUGUGAUUUGCACAAAUAAAAGAAUCGAAUUGGAGUCAAGAAGCACCCAAAACAUAUAGUAAGUUAGCAAAAAGAAGUGAAAACAAUAGAAUAAAAGCUCUCUUCCUAAGCAAUUAAUGUACCCUACCACACCAGGUAGCAUGUCAUAUUCAAUGUUUAACUUCCAAAUUUGCACCAGCACAAGUGACAUCCAUGCACAGGUCUUGACUUGAGUGUUUCUCGCCUGGUCAGACCUGAUUAGCAAAGUCAAAUUGAUGCAAUACCGUUGUUGUUGUUCAGCUUCUAACAUGAGAGAGACUAAAAUUAUUGUCUUUAGCCGUUAUCAGAACUACUGCAACCGUCUGGCUCCGACAAAUCCAGACCACAGACUCCAUGUCUCCAUUUGAAAUGACUGUUUUGGUUGCAAACACAACCACGGUUGACAUUAUUUGAAGUAAGAUGGGGAGCAACUUGUCGAUGCCUUUUUUCAGCUUUGUGACCAUGCAUUUUACAUGCUCCUCUGAGGAUUUGAAUGGGUUAUUUAGUUUGCCCAUGAAGGAAGAUUAAAUGCUUCGGUUUGUCUGAAAAGUUGAAACUCACCAGUUUCUGAGACUCGUACAUGGUUUUCACUGGACAUGUCCUGCGUGGAUGUGGCACAGACAAACUGACCAAGAACUUUUGUCGACUAUGCUUGUUGGAAUGUCCGUCUGUACACCAAAGCAAGCCAAUGCUGCAACACAGUACGCUACCUUAACUCUCCAGAGACAGAUUUCUGUGUCCACCACACGGAACAGUCCUCCAGGUGUCUCUCUGAACUCUAAUGCUGAUACAAGCAGUUUCUGUCUUUGCUGAACAGCUCACCUCACUAAUGGCCAUGAAAGAAGGUAUACAUACCCACUGCCUUCCACUUGAACGUAUAUCCUGAUUUGAGACGCGGUGGCAUUAUGUAUUCUUCUCGGUUCUCCUGAGCAUGCAAACUGCAGAAUGUUUUUACUUUUCUAUGCUUUGACUCGUUAUAUGUCAGCUACAGUCUGUAACCUAACCGCAGCAGUCAGAUAUAUUGUUGCUACCUUACACUAUGCAUGUCACAUUGUAGAUUAGGCAUUCCGACAGACUACACUUCAUGUGAUACUGCACUAUUAAUACUAAUACACUGUUUCUAAAUCUUUUACAUGUGCAGAUGUUUUUGUAUCGUUUGUUAGAUUUUAUGAGAGAAUAUUUUUACUUUGAUUUUCAUAUACUUGUCAGUGUUUGUACAUGAGAAUGAAGUGAAGACAUAGGUCAUUUAAAGCAUUAUCCUCUCAAGUAAUCACUUUGCAGGAGCAUUAAGUGCCUUUUUGUUUCUACUGAGUUGGCAUCUGAAUGAAUAUUUUGGUGCUUGGAAACCAGUAAUGGACAUUUUCUGUUGUUGCAAUGGUUUAAAAACUGAAUUGUGUUUCUUAAUAUAUUUCACACAUUUUCAACUAGACUAUUUCACCUUUCCUUUCUGAUGUGAGCACAUUGAUAUAUUGGAUAAUUACACUGGGCUGCUGGUGAACAGUGUAUUAUGGUUCCUUCUACCUUCAUUAAAAUAUGUCUGAUAUGCUUUUUUUAAUAAACCGAUGCAAAGUGGG